AUGUGUUGCUCCUGCCAGGCUCAAGAUUGUAAAUUUCGUAAAAGCAAGAUUGAUGAGCUCGAGCAGGAGAACCUGGUGACGUCUGUGGCGGUGUCACGGGGCAAGCAGGCUGUGGAACGUCUUCGAUACGAGUAUGCACUUUUGUUAGAGGCUUUGGGUCGCAAGGCGGACGAGGUGAGCAUUCCGAACGUGGACCAAUUGAGUGCGGAGGAUUUGGAUGGCGAGGAGAUCGCAGGGCUGCGGUUAGCCGACGUGACACAUCUUUUGACAAAGACUCCAUUCUCUUUGGCCAAGAACGGAUUCAGCGCUUCUGUGGGCAGUCUUGUUGCCAAGAAGAAGCGCGGAAACACAAACACAUUGAAAAAGCAGCGGCUGAAGGAUCCGAGUAUUCCUAAGCGGCCAACGAACGCGUACCUGAUAUUCUGCGAUCUGGAGAAGGAGAAGGUGAAGAAACAGAUAGAGGCGAAGGACCCGAGCGUGCCGUCGGACCUGUCGAAGGCGAUGACCGAGGCGUGGCGCAACCUGGACGAUGUAGCCAGAAAGCCGUUCUACGAGCUGUACGAGCAGGAUAGAUUGAGGUACCAGCGGGAGAUCAAGGAGUACAACUCCAAGCAGAAAAACGGCAAGACCCCGGAACUUAAAAAGGAGCUAGACGGACCAGAAGGGCCUGACCAGGACGACGAGGUUACCGAGAUGGACGUGAUCGAGGACGACGAGGACGACGAGAUCGAGGACGAUGAGGACGAGCUGGAUUCCAUGCCUUUGAACGAAAACGACGACGACGACGAAGUCAGUUUCAAAGAGGAGGACCGGCCGCCUUUGUGA